AAGCUUUAUUAGCCCUUUUUUUACCCAAAUUGUGAAUUCAAAACGUUCAAAAGUGACAACAGACAGCAAAAAAAAAUUUUAUUAAAUUUUAGUGAAUAAUGAUGUAAAAGAUGUUUUAAUACGGGAUAGUUUAAUUAACACUAAAAGAUGGGCUAUUUAAUAUAUUUGUAAGCCUGAUACGUACGUCGAAAAUAUUAAUAUAAACUAACUAAAAAGGGAUAAAAUGGAGAGGGAUCAAUCUGAUUUAUAUUUUUGAAAAUGAGAUAAAUUUAGACUUUUAGAUAUGUGUAUGGCACUUUAAAUCAACAUAUUUUCCAAAAAAAAAAACUAAUUAGCUAUUUUCAGAUAGUGACCAAAAUUCCAAAUAAAAAUAAAUAAAUGUUUAAGAAAAAAAUAACCGAAAGAAAAAAAGAGAGCGGCCGUUUUUUAUAUAAAGGAGAGAAGCCAUUGGAGGUUGAUACAACGUUUUGUCAUCUCCUUCUUUUUCUCUCUCUCUCUCAAAUCUUUUCAUGCGCAACCAAAUAGAAUCAUAAACUCUUAAAGAACAUAACUAAAACUUCUGAUCUAUAAACCAACCAUAGAUUCUUGGGACACUUCUUUGUUUCGACAGAUUCUGAUCCGUUAUAGUUGUUUCAAACGACACGGUUGAAACGUUUUCUCUUAUAUAAAAUAUCAUACUGCCUUUCUUUCUCCUCCUUCUCUAUCUUGAAAACUAGGGCUCUUCAAGAUCCUUUGUGAAGCUAAAUGGGUGUUGAGAAAAUGGUGUGUUUGGUUUCUCGCACUGGUCGUCAGUUUCAGAGAUACAACAAAGGUCGUCGUCAAGUCGUCGGAUGUAUUCCGUACAGAUUCAAGCUAUCAAGCGAUGGAAAAUUUAGUGAUGAAUUCGAAAUUCUUGUUAUUUCUUCUCAGAAAGGUCAUGCCAUGAUGUUCCCAAAGGGUGGUUGGGAGCUUGAUGAAUCUGUAGAAGAAGCUGCCGCAAGAGAAUCUCUUGAAGAAGCUGGAGUUCUUGGCAAUAUUGGGCAUCAACUAGGAAAAUGGGAUUUUUUGAGCAAAAGCAGAGGAACCUACUAUGAAGGACUAAUGUUCCCUAUGCUUGUUACAGAACAACUUGAUCUUUGGCCUGAACAACAUGCUAGGCAAAGAAUCUGGAUGAAUGUAGUUGACGCCAGAGAAGCUUGUAGAGAUUGGUGGAUGAAAGAAGCAUUAGAUGUUUUGGUUGAGAGACUCUCAUCGCCAUUAAAUCAGCCAAAGGAAAAUAAGACAAUUUCAAUCUCUAUCGAGACAAUGUGCUGAUGAUUUGCUAAAAAAAUUGCUGCUGAUUGUGAUGGGAUUUUAUGGACUAGUGGAUCUAUGUAGAUAUAAAUAGAUGUGUUCUCCAAUUAGAAUUGAGAGAAUCAUUUGAAGAGCAGAUGCAGAGCAGGAACAAAAAAGAUGGGUAGAUCUUUUAGGUUUAAUUUGAAGCAAUGAAAAAACAUCAUGUGAUUUAAGAAGUCUAGUGUGUUGUGUUUAUAACGUUUCUGCAAGAUUUACUUAAGGGAUGAUGAAGGAUUAGGAAGAUAAACAAAGAGUGCAAGCAAGACCUGUACAAUUGUGUUUCCCUCUGUUUUUUUUUUCAUCUCUUUGAAUUUGCAAUAGAGACAUUUGAUUUCAUGAUGAUUUAUGUGAUUGAGAAUUACUGAA